AUGGGACCUGUAACUACCAUUUUUUCGAGCCUGGACACCGAUUAUCGUGACUUGCGCGCCAAGGCUGUUGCGCCCCUUUUCUCAACAUCUCGUCUUCGCAAUGCUUCUUUACAUGGAGGUGUUAUCCAUGAAUGUGUCUCCGAGUUUGUCACCCAGCUCGCUAGUCUCAAAGCCGACUGCAAGACCAACCAUGCCAAGUUGGAUAUCCUAGACCAGUGCGCCCGUCUCUCUCUGGACGUUGUGACUGGCUAUCUGCUGAACGAGCCGUACGGUGGCCUGGCCGAGCACCAGCAACUUCCCACGGAGAAGCGGCUGAAUGCCAAGCUCAGCAUAAACCCAUUCAUAUUUGCCAUUGUGGGCCGCUUUAGCUUCAGCGAGGAAGUGGGCAGAUGUUUUGUCAGCAUGGACUCGUUUGCGCGUCGUCUAGUCAGCCAGACUCUUGAAGUCGAUCCCACCAAAAGGCAAGACUCGUACCAAACUCGACUUUUGGCAGCGGGAAUUACACCUUCGGAGACCGAAGUUCAGUGUCAGGCCGUCGUAUUCGCCGGUUCUGACUCCACAGCCGUUAAGUUGGCCACAAUUCUGUUUCAUUUGGUGCAGAAUCAGGACUGCCUUCGCCGACUGAAGGAAGAACUCCAGGCGGCAGAGACUGAAGACGAAGCCGUAGCCCUGCAAGAACAGCCAUACCUGCUUGCCGUUAUCAAGGAAGGUUUGAGAGUGGGCAUGGCUAAUCCGACUCGGAUGACGCGUGUUGUUCCCGCCAAGGGGAUGCAAGUUGGAGAAGUCUACAUCCCACCAGGUACCAUUGUUGGUGUUGCUCCGUAUAUUGUGCACCAUGAUCCAGCUGUAUUUCCAGAUCCAUUUGCAUUCCGGCCUGAGAGAUGGCUCGAGGCCGAUAGGGACAAUGGGUUGAAGAGACCCAAUAUGGACAGGAGUUUACUUAUGUUUGGAGCGGGUUUGAGAGCUUGUAUAGGAAGAAACCUGGCGCAGAAACAGUUGACAGAAACCAUCAAGGCCGUGGUGAAAAGCAGUGUGCUUGAAGGCGCGCAGACUUGCCAAAAGCGCAUUGAGCUUGUAGAGUGGUUUAACGCCGAAAUUAAGGGGCAUACGCUAGACAUUGAGUGGCCUUGA